AUGACAUUAGGUAGUUUGGCUUUAAUUAUACCUUAUCUUAAACAACUUGAACAUAUAUCAAUUGAUUCAUAUUCAUAUCCAGAUAAUUUUUUUGAAUUAAUUACAAAAACAUCAUCAUCAAUUAAAUCAUGUUAUUUACUUGGUUUAGAAAUUCAAGAAGAAUUAUUAUUUCAAUCAAAAAUUGAAUAUCUUACAGUAACAAUUGAAUAUAUAGCAUUACUUCUCAAUUUUAUUAGCUGUAUUUCCUCAAUUAAAAUAUCUUAA